GCCCUCGGAAAUAUUUUUCUGAGCUUUUUUUUUUCCCUCUGCAAUUAUGUGUUACUUUCGGUGGCUGUGGAUACUGUGUCUCUCUCUCGUUUUGGAUUACCGAUUCUGCUCCUGCAGCUCCUUCGGAAACCAAGUUGUACUACUAGACACAACACUUGAAAGUUCCUUAGAAUGGACGAGGUAUCCUUAUGGACCCUCUGCAAGGACACCAGGAUGGGUGGAAGAGAGCUUUACUAAUUUCGAACAAGGGAUCAACUGGAGAUCCUAUGUGGUGUGUGAUGUUGCAUAUAACAGUGUCAAUAAUUGGCUGUGGACUCCUUUCAUUGAGCGAAGAGAAGCCAACAGAAUGUACAUUGAAGUCAAAUUUAGCAUGCGAGACUGUAAUUUAUUUCCAGGAAUGGCGCUUUCCUGUAAAGAGACAUUUUCUCUGCUCUAUUACGAGUUCGAUGCAGCUACUAAAGAACCUCCACCAUGGGAGCCAGACUCUUAUAAAUUAAUUGAUCGCAUAGCUGCGGAUGAAGGCCGCUUCACUUCCACCAGUGAGGUCAUCAUCAAUACUGAAAUCAGAAGUGUGCCCAUUACUAAAAAGGGUGUAUACUUUGCGUUUCGAGAUCAAGGAGCGUGUUUGUCUCUAAUUGCCAUCAAGGUGUUCUAUAUUACGUGUCCUUCUGUUACGUUAAAUUUUGCUUACUUUCCUGAGACGCCAACUGGUCAUGAGCUUCCUGCCAUUGUGUCUGCGGAAGGGCAGUGCGUUGCAAACACUGCCGUCGUUGACACUCCAAGACUUUUGUGCAAAGGUGACGGAAAUUGGACGUUGCCGUCUGGCGGAUGUAAAUGUGUUGCUGGUUAUGAACCAGUGGAUCAGUCAUGUCAGUUAUGUUCUCCUGGCACGUACAAGGAAAAUGUUGGUGAUGAAUUAUGCAUGCCUUGUCCUUUGCACAGCUCUGCUUCCUACAGUGGUUCGAUUGAAUGUCAGUGUGAAAAGAAUUAUUUUAGGUCACCCAAAGAUCCAAAAUCAUGGCCUUGUACAGAACCCCCUACAAGGCCAUUAAAUUUAUCAGAAACCUUUGUUGAUCAGUCGUCUGUGUUAUUGACAUGGUUGCCACCACGUUAUUUAGGAGGCAGGAAUGAUACUUUUUACAAAGUGACUUGUGAUAAAUGUGGGAGCGGUGUCACUUAUACUCCAGCUCAACAAGGCUUUAGUGACACGAAAGUCACUAUCACUGGAUUGAGUCCCGUAACAACUUACAACUUUCAAGUCUAUGCUGAGAAUGGUGUAUCCAGCUUCACUAACAGCAUGUUUGCCGAGAUCAUGGUUACCACAGAAGCAUCAGUUCCUUCAAUUGUUUCCAAUGUAAGGAUAAAAACUGUAAAGAGCUCUGAAAUUCAUUUAGAGUGGGAUCCACCAGAUGACCCUUUCUCAGAAACGGAAAGUUAUGAGUUACGCUAUUAUCCAAAAGGUCAUGAACGAAAUAGUUCAACCAUGACUACUAUGAAGGAAGAAGCUACGAUCCAAAAUUUGAGGGAGGAAACUAUCUAUGCAUUUCAGGUUCGAGCAAAAACGACUCAUGGUUGGGGAGAUUAUAGCAAACCUAUUUUUAGAAUCACUGGAGCUAAACUUGCUACAAGAGAACUUGUGAGUGAUGAUCAGGUUCAAGUGCCAAUUAUUGCUGGGGUUGCUAUUACAGUUGUAGUUUUAAUCGUUGUGGUUAUAGUCAUCAUAGUGUUGUACAUACGAAGAAGCUCUGAUGAUUGUAACAAGAAGCAGCCAAGUGAUUGUGAUACCUUAGAAUACCGCAACGGGGAAGUGACUACUCCUUUAUUCACUCAAUGCGGAGCAUCAAGAGCUUACAUUGAUCCUCAUACCUAUGAAGAUCCAAACCAAGCUGUUCGAGAAUUUACGAAAGAAAUUGAUGCUUCACAUAUUACUAUUGAGUCUAUUAUUGGAGGAGGUGAAUUUGGAGACGUAUGCAAAGGGCGUUUGAAAAUCCAAGGUCAGACUGAAGUCACAGUAGCAAUAAAAACAUUAAAGCCAAGCUCUUCAGAUAAAGCUAGAAUGGAUUUCUUAACUGAAGCAAGCAUUAUGGGUCAAUUUGAUCAUCCUAAUGUCAUAUACCUUCAAGGGGUUGUGACUAAAAGUAACCCAGUUAUGAUUAUAACAGAAUAUAUGGAAAAUGGAUCUUUGGACACAUUUUUAAGGGCAAAUGAUGGGAAAUUUCAAGUAAUUCAGCUUGUUGGAAUGUUAAGAGGUAUAGCAGCUGGAAUGCAAUAUCUAGCAGAAAUGAAUUAUGUUCAUAGAGACCUUGCUGCUCGAAAUGUUUUAGUGAAUGGUAAUUUAAUCUGCAAAAUAGCUGAUUUUGGUUUGUCUAGAGAGAUUGAAAGUGCAACAGAAGGUGCUUACACAACUAGGGGUGGUAAAAUACCAGUUAGGUGGACUGCACCAGAAGCAAUUGCUUAUAGAAAAUUUACUUCUGCCAGUGAUGUGUGGAGUUUCGGUAUUGUGUUUUGGGAGGUGAUGUCCUAUGGAGAACGACCAUACUGGAAUUGGUCGAACCAAGAUGUCAUAAAAAGUAUAGAAAAAGGAUACAGACUUCCUGCCCCUAUGGAUUGCCCGGAAGCAUUGCAUCAACUUAUGUUGGACUGUUGGCAGAAAGAACGUGCUCACAGGCCUACUUUUGCUGUCAUUGUCAAAACAUUAGAUAAAUUAAUGAGAUGCCCUGAGAGCUUGAAAAAAAUUGCACAAAAUAGGCAUCAAAAUCCUUUGGAUCCAAAUGCUCCAGACAUGACCCAGUUCAAGACUGUUGACGAGUGGUUGGCUGGAAUCAAAAUGAAUCGCUAUCAAGAAAACUUUCAGCAAGCUGGCAUCACAAGUAUGGAUGCAGUGACCAGAAUCACAUUAAAGGACCUAACCACGCUAGGAGUCACCUUGGUCGGUCAUCAAAAGAAAAUCAUCAACAGCAUUCAGACGAUGCGAGCUCAGCUAAAUGCAAAUAUGUCUGAAGGAUUUCUAGUAUAGCAGAGCUCAAAGUUAGCUGGAUUCAAUCCAUAGAAACUGUACAGCUGGUUUUUAAUGCUCAGCACCGUGACUCCUUUCUCCAGCAGAUGCCAUUGCAACCGAUAAGAGAUUCUUCCAAACUGAAAUGUUCGGUCGGUGCAAAGCAAUGAGCCUUGAGAAAGUCGGUGCUGUCGGCCCAUUGCUGGCCCUUUUGCUCACUGAUGGCAACUGUUCCUCCUGGGUUAUUCCAGGCCAGUCAAAGAGAAAGUGUGUUUCUGCUGUAAAUAAUGACAUAUCAGACGAAGGACAAAGAUCCACACGACCAUAUCAUGCCACUUCCAUAAACAGGCGAGAUGAGUGGAAGGAACAGCCGCAUAUCAUUCCAGUGAAAUUGAGCAAGACUAUAGGUGUACUUAAGUUCGAACUGCAGCUGUGUAUGUCUGUCACUGUACUGCUCGUGUAUUUUUUUCCUUUAUUCAACUGUGAUCUGCAAAACAUUGUAAAUAUGCAACAGGGUGUUUGUGUAAAUGUGCAUAUGUUAUUUUCUUCUCAUUCUUUUUUUUUUCUGGAAACAUGGUGCUUAAGUAUCAUUUGCAACAUUAGAUGUGUCCAGCUUCUUUCAGUCCAUAUUGUUGACCAAUCCUUGCCUAACCGAUCAUUUUGUUGUUGAGCAAUAUCUUUUU